GUCUACUUUGCCUUCUAGGAGCAAGUACUUUUCAACUGUUCUCUGAAGGAAGUAGAUAAGGUCUGAAUACAUACAUGUUCAUUUUCACUAUGGGACUGGAUACAAACAUUAGGCAAAGAGAUUUGAAGAGUACAAUAAGAAGCAAUCUAUUUCUGCUGGCUCAUAAUUUCAAUUUAUUUCAUGUUGUCUUAUGCCAAUUUGGUGGAACCUUUGUCUUUUUUGUCUUUGGUGAUGUUCAAAGAAAGAUCAGAGGAUGAAAAUACUGAGAUAUAUCCCUUUAUUGCUUUGGUAUCUAACUUGGGACUACCUGGAUUUAUUCCCUCCUGUACUGGGGCAUCCUGAACAAGUGCAAAGUCAUUCAGGAACUAAAAUAGGAAUUUCUGUAGGAACAGAAAAAGAGAAAAUCCUACUGCCAAAAGUCAAUACAUCCAGGGCUGGUAAUCCUAAUCAUGGAGGCAGCACUUCAAAGACUAGGACCAAGGGCACCAGUAUUGCAGCAAAAGUCAUUUUACCUAAAAAUGAAGAUUCAAAGAAACCAGAUUCAAAAAGGGUUAGUCUAGAUACAAAGAAUGGGAACUCUGAAAUAAAACAUUUUGGGGUCAAAGUUGGAAACCCAAGAGUGUUACAAAUUAACAGCAAGGCCUCCAGUAAACUUAUUAAUAUUCAUUCCGAUUCUACUGGUUUUAAAACCAAAAAGACUACAAAUCCACUCAUUGAAAAAGAACAAAAAGACACUUUUAAGCACCCCCUUAUCACUCCUCAUGAGUAUAUGCUGUCCUUGUACCGCACACUGUCAGAUACUGAAAGGAAAGGGGUUAAUGGAAGUCUGAAACUCGAGGCGGGAUUAGCUAAUACUAUCACCAGCUUUAUAGAUAAGGGUCAAGAUGAACGAAUGACGGUGUCAAGGCGACAAAAAUAUAUUUUUGACAUAAGCGCCUUAGAAAAAGAUGGCUUAUUGGGUGCAGAGUUGCGCAUUCUAAGGAAAAGACCCACUGAUGCUAAAUCACAUGUCCCUGGAAAACUUUCACAGAUAAAAUUAUACAAUUGUCCAGCAAACAAAAAACCAGCUACACUUCUGGAUUCUCAUUCUAUCCACAACAUUGACACUCCAAAAUGGGAAGUGUUUGAUAUCUGGAAACUUUUUAAAAAUUUUAAAAACUUUGCACAGUUGUGCUUUGAGUUAGAAUUGUUGGACAAGGGGAAGCCCUCUGAUUUAAGAAGUGUGGGAUUUAAUAGAACUGGAAGACCGACCAAUGAGAAAGCUAUUUUUCUUGUCUUUGGAAGAACAAAGAAACGGGACUUGUUUUUUAACGAGAUUAAAGCUAGGUCUGGUCAAGAUGAUAAAACUGUCUAUGAAUAUUUAUUCAACCAGAGAAGGAAGAGACGUGCACCUCUUUCAACAAGGCAAGGGAAGAGGCCAAACAAGAAUUUAAAGGCAAGAUGUAGCAAAAAACCUCUUCAUGUUAACUUCAAGGACAUGGGUUGGGAUGAUUGGAUUAUAGCCCCUUUGGAAUAUGAAGCAUAUCAUUGUGAAGGCCUUUGUGAAUUUCCCCUGAGAUCUCAUUUAGAACCCACAAAUCAUGCCGUGAUCCAGACAUUGAUGAACUCCAUGGAUCCAGAGACAACUCCACCAACAUGUUGUGUUCCUACUAGACUGAGCCCUAUAAGUAUUCUAUAUAUUGACUCUGCUAACAAUGUUGUCUACAAACAAUAUGAAGACAUGGUAGUGGAGUCUUGUGGUUGCAGGUAGCAACUUCAAGAUAAGAAAUACAUCUUUUAAGUCAUCAAUAUAAGAGAAAGAGUCUAAAAUCAUAUUGUACAGGAAAUGAAAAAAAAAAAAUUGAGAUGUAAUUCUUGAAACCAUGAAUUUAUAUCAGAUUACAUUUAUGAAGAAACUUUAUAUGAAAAACUUUUACAAAAGAUUAACAUAACCUUAACAGAUGCAGCAAUAGGUUGUAGUAAAUAACAAAAUAAUCUGUUCUAGUAAAAAAAAUAAAAAAAUAACCUAGUAGUAAAUAUGUUACUAGAUACAUUGAUAGUCCCCUAAAAUUAUUAAAUGUUUGUAAAAUAUACAGAUAUGUUUUAUAUGGUUGAUUUGGAAGUUGUAUUUAAGAAGUUAAUGUCUAAGAAACUGGGUUUUAUGCAAUACUUAUUGUAAUCAAUACACAGAGAUGUGUUUUUAUACUUUUGAAAGCUUUGUAAAUUUGCUUAUUAAUGAUAGUUAUCUGUUAUUGCUCAACAUUGCUAAUUAGUGAAUGGUGAAAAUUCAUUUAAUAGAAUGAUAAAAACAAAAUAAAUUAUUGUUAACUGCUUCUCAAUA